AAAACCUUGCCGUUCCUGGGAAACUGCCAAAAUCGCCGGUCGCGCGCCCCCUGUCCACGCCACCGCCAUCUCCAACAAGACGUCGUUCUACAACCAUGGGUACCCAGGACGCCCGCAUAUUGCACGACAGUAGUGCCCUCACUCCUCCCGGUACACCAAACCUCUCGUCACAUUCAAAGAGCAGCUCCGUCUCAUCCGAAUUCCUGAGCUCCCUGUCCAACCUACGCCGCGGGAGUUCGGUAUCGUCGCGAGGCCGCCCUCGGCUGAAUUCACUUGACAAUGCGCCACAGCCGGGCAGCACCGAACUCAUCACCUUUCCGCACCAGUUGACCGACUAUGACAUUUGCAAAGACGACCGCGGCCGGAGGAAGAGGAUUGGCGAGGGCGCAUGGAGUGAUGUCUAUCUCGCCACUCCAAGCCCUCCAAAGCCCGCCGACCACGCUCCCUGCAGUGCUGAAAUGACGCCACCCCUCACCCCCGUGCGAACUGCAGACUCUGGCACAGGCCUCACCAAGAUGCCCACCAUACCUACUCUGUAUGCAGUCAAAGUCCCAGCUAUGGCCAGUGCAAAAAAAGUUCUCAGCGCCGAAGCACGGAUCCUAUCCUAUCUGACGCGCUUCCCCGAUGCAGAGAACCACAUUGUUCCUUUUUACGGGCUCGACGUUCGUACGGGCUCGCUUCUUCUGCGCGCAAUGGACGACACGCUCGAGGGCUGGAUCCAAAAGCAUCUCAACACGCUCGACGAACCCUCACGUGCCGCAAAGCUGACUAGCAUCUUCCCACACAUUGCCCUCUCCCUCAUCGACAGCCUCAUCUGGAUGCAGGAAAAGCACUGCACACACGGCGACAUCAAACCCUCCAACAUCCUCAUCUCCUCCUCUUUCUCUUCCUCUUCCUCACCACAGCCCCCGAAACCCAUAUACUCGGACUUCUCCUCGACCCUCCUCACGCUCCCCAGCACAACCAUCGACACGAGCGCCUCCCCCCUCGGCGCAGGAACCUGGGACUACCUCGACCCCACGCUCCUCAGCUCGACGUGCACGUCUCCACCCUCGGCCGCAUCCGACCUCUGGUCCCUCGCCAUCACCCUCUUGUUCCUGAUGCUCGGCGCCUCGCCCUACGACGCCUUCAAGCACAACAAGUUCCAGCAGCGCGAAAUGAUCAAGAGCGGCUGUCCGCUGCAGUGUCUGGGCUACGACGACCAGGGCGUCACCAACAUGGCGCGCAUGAAGGCUUUGGAGCGCGGCUUGCGCGGCUUGGAUGUCUGGAGGUGGUUUGGCGCCGUACUUGCAAAGGAGACGGGUAAGCGUGUCCAUGUGUGUGAGUGGAGGUCUAUGUUGAUGGGGUAGUUGAGGUGUUUUCGCUUUGAAUGGUGGAAGUUUACUUUUCUUUGCUUUCGUUGAUGACCAUGGACAGACAGACAGAUAUGAGGGUAUUGCGGGGGAGAAUUUGGAUUUCCCUCUGUCUGUUUUUUUUUCACUUCUUCUUAUCCUUGUUCUUCUUCUUCUUUUCUCAUUCUUCUUAUCUUUCUUCUCAAGCCUUGUUAUUCUUAUCUUCUUUUUAUUCUUCCUCUUUAUCUUCUCAAGCCUUGUUAUCUCAAGUCCCGAUGGAACUCUUUCUUUCUUUCUUUUUUCCCUUUCCUCCUCCUCCUCCUGCCUUUUCUUCUUCACUUCUCUUCUUCUCUUCUCUUCUUCACUUCACUUCUUCUUCUC